CUCAUUAAUUAUCUCGUCGCGCCUCGUCCAGUAGUCCAGUUGCGCAGCCACGAGCGCUGCAUUAUUCUCUCUCUCUCUCUCUUGCGUACUAUCAUCGUAACUCUUGUGUCUAAGUUAUUUUACCCCUCUCCAUCCUCGCCCCACGUAACAAUAUAUAUACAGUGUAAAUAUGAACAUUUAUUCAUAUUUAUAAAUAAAAGAUUUUCAGUUUUUGCUUUGGGAUCAUCAGCUUACCCUAACUUUUGUGCCUUUGGAAGGUAUGUAGAUAAUUUGCUUGGUGAACUUGGAGGAGAACGAUUACUUCCUUUAUCCUUAGGCGAUGAAUUGUGUGGUCAAGAACAAGCAUUUCAAUCUUGGGCUACUAACGUUUUUAGCGUCUCAUGUGAAACAUAUUGCUUGGAUGACAAAGAAACAUUUUUGGAGGCAGCUGACUCUUUAGGUUCAGAAACGAUUUCUGCAAGCGUAGUUAGAUUCAUAAAAUCUGAUCUUCAAUCAUUAUCAAAAUCAUUAAAACGAUGCCAUAAUAGAGAUGUGAUGACUUGUAAGUUGAUGAAUCGCCAAAUUUUAAACCAAGAACUGUUAAGUGGGAGUAUAACACUGAUGGUAGAAGUAGGAAACUUUCCAAAUGAUAACAUUCAAUACAAUCCAGGAGAUCAUUUGGGAGUAUUCCCCUGCAAUAAUGAAAACAUGGUUGAUAAUAUACUUCGAAGACUCGAGAAUUCUUUCGAUUUUGACACUCCAAUUGAUUUACAAAUUCAAAAACAAGUACACACACCAAAUGGACUAAAUUUUGACUAA